CUCGACUCCACUAUCAGACCCAAGGUAGUGCUCUCGCAGACUAUCUCCGGAGGCAAGUCUACUGGUCGCCGUUUGGGACGACGUUCAAUCCAUUUCGGCGUUAUCUGAGCCCUCGUCCCCUCGUUCAGAAAUUCAACAGCUACCGUAUGGAUCGCUAUCUGGAUGGAGAGAUUGACAAGCGUUUUGAAGAAUUAGCCCUGCUCCGCGCCGGUUCUUUUAAAGACUCGCAGUCGCAGUCUAGGUCCAUCACCUCAUUGGCUAUGGACAAGUACCUGCGGGACGUGGGGGAUACGGGAGAGCUAUCAAAGAAGACGUUCAAAAGGCUUGCAAUGCCGCAACUCCGCAUGUUUCUAUACGCUGGCCAUGACACGACAAGCAGCACGCUGUUGUACUCUUACCUGCUACUAUCGCGCCAUCCCGAAGCUCUAUCCAGGGUCCGUGCGGAACAUGACAGCGUAUUUGGGUCUGAUUACUCUACAGAGCAUGUGACGCAGGUCAUUUCUAGUAAUCCUACACUUCUAAAUCAGCUACCAUACACCUUAGCUGUUAUCAAAGAGGUCCUACGGAUCUUUCCUCCUGCUGGAAGCCUUCGCGAGGGCCGCUCAGAUCUCGUUCUAGCCGACGAAAAUGGCCAGCAAUACCCUACCGAGGGAUGCCAUAUCUGGGUUCUCAGCUUGAUCAUGCACCAUACCCCUAACGUUUUCAUGGACCCCGAAGAGUUCAUCCCAGACCGCUGGUUUGUUGGACCUCAGGACCCGCUAUACCCUAAGAAGGGCUCUUGGAGGGCGUUCGAAUGGGGCCCAAGGAGCUGCAUCGGCCAGACCCUCGCACAGCAGGAACUCAAAGUUGCGCUCGUCAUGACAGCGAGGCUUUUUGAUGUCACACCUGCUUACGACGAGUGGGACCAACUCCAUCCAAGCAAGGGUAUCAAACUAGUCGACGGAAACCGAGCGUAUCAGGCUGAAAUGGGCGGCGGCGGAGCUCACCCGGUCGAUGGCUUCCCGGUCAAAGUUACGAUGAGAAAAUAAAAAUAUUGAUAAGUGAGGUGUAUCAGAAUGAAAGUUCGGGAGACGGGGCCCGCCCUAGUAGAUAGCUCUCGAUCGAGUUGACGCCGUUUUCCUUGUUUAGGAGAAACGUCUGGCAGAGUGCAGAUGACACGACAGCAUGCGAACCCUCACUCUGGUAGAGCGUCUAUGCCUAUGGGUAAGAAUGGAAGCUCCGGUGCUGUUGCACAGCAUAACACCAAAAACACCCCGCAAAGCGGGCCGAGUAAGCACAAACGCGGCGUUAGGUAGUACUACAGUCUUACCUCCACGACAGUAACUAGUUGGCGACACGAGAUUAUUUCUGGAAGUAGUGCAGAUAUUAUCUGGAACGGUGAAACGGUGCUCCCCAUAUCUUUUCUUUUUCGAUUACCUAAGUAGUUCCCCGAGGCCCCCUUCUUCCCCUAUUCAAAACGCCUACUGCAUUACUCCGCAUUGCACAAGCCGCUGACAAGACGCCGCGCAACACAGCC